AUGUGUUUCGGCAGCAAGGCCGACAAGGAUGAUAGUCCUGCCCCACGUCCCGCGCAACGACCUCCCUCAGACCAGCAGCAGGACAGUAAGAUGAGCAGCAAUCAGCAACCUCAGUACGCGCCGCCGGCUGGUCCACCUCCGGGUCAGAGUUCGGCUGGUAACUAUGGCCCUCCCUCCGGCCCGCCCCCCAGUCAGUCAUAUGCAUCUCCGAGCGGCCCGCCACCGGGUCGGAGUGACGACUUCGCGCCUCCUCCCGGCCCUCCCCCGGCACAUGGAGGAUACGCUCCGCCGCCAGGACCUCCUCCCUCUCACCAGCAGAGCGAUUUUGCAUCGCCGCCAGGCCCUCCCCCUGCUCACAAUGACUACACGGCUCCUCCACCGGGUCCGCCGCCAUCGGAUUCGAAGCCAAAGCACGACUGGGAGGCUGCGGUUCCAGACACGACUCUCUUCCCGCCGCCGCCCGCCUUCUUCAGCGGUUUUGAUCGUUCGCCCGCGAACAACUCUACGGAACAGGAAGCCGAGGCGGGUGAGGCGUGGGUCAGCCAGUACCCUCUCGUCCAGCCCAUCGACCUGGACCCCACCGCCUUGGAAGCCCUGCGCACUCACAGAAUAUGGCUGCUCCAGCCUCAAGGGUUCCGCGGAACAAUGAGCCAGCCGGUUUCGGGCAAGUGGGAGGUCGCUACACAGAGAAACGCCCCGGAUAGCACCAUCAUCGGGUUCCCGCCUCUCUACUCGGUCAAGACGCACUCCCCUCACGCCACGGGCCGUCCCUUCAAAAUCUACUACGAAGUCAAGGUCCGCGGUUCGGCGAGAGAAGUCGACCUCGCCCUUGGCUUUACCGCACUUCCCUACCCCAAUUUCCGACUUCCAGGAUGGCACCGCGGCAGUCUCGCAGUCCACGGUGAUGAUGGACACAAGUACAUCAAUGACAGGUGGGGCGGCAAGACUUUUACGGACCCCUUUCGCCCCGGCGAGACGCUCGGUAUUGGCAUGUCCUUCACGGCCCAGGGUGGCAGCAUGAGCGUCGACAUCUUCUUCACCCGAGACGGCAGACUUGUUGGUAGCUGGAACCUCCACGAGGAGAGUGACGCCGAGCAGGACCUACCAGUCACUGGACUCGAGGGAUACCACGACUUGAGCUGCGCCAUUGGCACAUUCCAGAAGAAUGAGUACGAUAUCAUCUUUGACCCGAACUUGUGGAAGUACAGGCCGUGA